UAUACGGGGCGGGGCGGAGAAGACUCUCGUUAUCGAUCGCGAUGCCAGCGGUGGCUUUACUCUCGAUCACAGUAUCUUGGUUUCGUGCAGACUGCAGAGGGAGCUUAGGCUGUGAAUCGGAGUAUGCGGAAGCUGACGAGAGAGUGAUCAGGAAAUUUGGGAAGGGGCCGAUUGUGGUCACGCGGAGUACGCAUAAUGGCAAGGGACAGAGUGCGAAUAUGACGCUUCCGCAUUUGCGCCAUAUGGCGGACUAUUUUCAGUCGUUUCCGAGGGACGGGGUGAAUUUGGCCAUGGUCUGCCGCUGCAUGGGUAGUUAGUGAUCGAUCAUUAAUGCCAUUACUCCUUUGUUGUUUUCGAUUCCCCGGUGCGGACCGUUUCCUAAGCGAAAGGCAACGAUGAGUGGCGUCCGUGGAUAUCCACAGUGCGUGGUUGUGUAAUUGAAUUAGGCUAUCACGAAACCCCGCUACGG